ACCCGAAUAUACGUAAUCCCGUUUACGAAAGAUGCACACUGUUACACUCAACUUUAAGAAAUAAUGACACCUUUAUUAUUUCUAUAAGUAAUCAAUUAUUCGCGCUUUUUUUCUAUUCCGUAUCACUAGUUGCGGCGAUUUUCGCGGGGCUUCGGCGCGCAAAAAAAAACGUUUUUCGGUUACACGUUCGAUGUCGACUUUCGAAAUGAGAAGAAAUAAUUUCUAUAAGUGACAAAAACCGCGGUAUUCGUCAAUUGCCUUUAAUUUGCUGUUAACUGGACUUAUUAAAUAUUGUGUCGCGUACCCCGUGCUCGCCGCUCAUCCUCGGAGACCAAUUGUUGGUAAUCAUUUGAAAUUAAGGCUAACUGUUUCUUCUAUUAUUUUUGAUUAUAUCUAUUUUAGAACGGUUAAAAACGGUAGUUUUUGUUAAGUUUACGAUAACUUUUAAUUUAAUAAUAAUUAAGAUCGUUUGUUGGUUACGCGCGGAGGGUGAAAAGUGGGACGGAAAUUUUGCUACGCUGAUUGCUCAAGCUCCGGGUACGAUUUUCGCACUGGCCAGAAUUGCGAUUUAAUCCACAGGCGCGAAAAUGGAACCAAACCCAUUCGACGAUUCCAUCUUCCCCGAAUUUUCGAUCGGUAACCUCAACGCGAGUAAUGCCACGUCUGUGAUCACAUCGUCAAAGGGAAUGUGCGCCAAUGAUAAUCGUAAUCACUCGAUUCAAGUCAUGUUAGGCUUACAACAGCCAGAAAUGAUGUUCAGUAUGUCACCAUCCGACCAUCAGUUGGAUGAACACCAUAUUCCUCACCAUCAUCCCGAAGACAUCAAUAAUAUUUUCAAUUCUACCUCAUCAUCGAUGGUCAGCACCGUAAUCACCAGCCAGAAUAUCAAACCUAGAUCUAUAUCACCUUGUACUACCACUUCUCAACCAUCACCUACCACUAUUAGUCAGCAUAUUCAAAAAGUAAAUGUGGGUUCAGCUCCUGAAUCCGUGACAACUACCACGAUUGAGGAGAAAAGUAAACAAGAGGUGGAUACUACUUGUAAUAUACAAACUUCUGUUAUCGUAUCUGAAGCCUCCGGAACGAAGAAAAACGACAGCAAAAGUAAAAAGAACGAAGCACCAGGAGGCAUGAAAAAGAAGAAAACCAGGACUACAUUUACUGCAUACCAACUCGAAGAACUAGAACGUGCUUUUGAAAGAGCCCCCUAUCCUGACGUAUUCGCCCGAGAAGAAUUAGCCUUAAAAUUAAACCUAAGCGAAUCUCGAGUCCAAGUAUGGUUUCAAAAUCGACGCGCUAAAUGGCGAAAACGAGAACCACCUCGUAAAACCGUCUACCUAAACAGUAUGGGAUCACCAGGUAACAGCCUAGCGACCUCUAAUUACACCUCGUUGGCACCAUUCAGCGGAAACGUAUCUCCAUCGUUGAACAGUGGAUCACCAAUGGUGAAUUCGGAUCCAUGGACGUACAGUUCGUCUUACGAUUUAAAUCAUCUUAAUUUAUUGAACGCUUCAAAUUCUCCUUACACAUCUUAUAAUUCAUCUCCUAAUGUUGGCAACAAUCCCUACAAUUACAACAUCCUUUCCCAGAACGAUGGAGGGUCUUCGCUGGUGAAUGCGGGCCUCUACACCGGCAACAUACGAGGAAGCCCUUCCGAAUAUAUAAAUUUAAAUAGCGAAGAAUUACUAAACCGAGAGUACCACCAGUCUCAUAUAAAUUUAAAUGAUACUAAGCCUAUGGUUAAUUACAUGGCUCAUUUGAGUCCAGAACGUUACACCGAUGAAGGGCCAAUUAUGCACGAUAAGGACCUAAAUCGUACGAAUAUUGGCGGUUUUAAUAUCGGAGGCGGAUUGAUGGAAGAGGAUCAGUCUGUCAAAGAGGAUUGUUCUAGGAUGAAAGUCGAGUACAAUAUGUAUUAAAAAAUUAAAGUGCUGCCUAUUUAAAAAAAAAAAAAAAAAAAAAAAAAAAAAACGUGUUAUGUAAGGCAUUUAGCCUAAUGGGGGAUAAUUUAAGGACACAAUAUAUUGAGCAUCCAGUUUACAUUUUGAUCUAAAAAUUUUCAUUUUUUUCAGCAUGGCCCAAGUGUAAAUAAGUACCUACCUAUAUUAAUAAUUUCAAUUUCGAACCCUCACGAUGAUGAUGGAGCAUACCAGGUGUCCUUAGUUGAAAAUUUUGGGUAUAAUAAUGCCUAUUUUUUGCCAAAAAAGUAAAUUAGAAUUUUCAGAAUGAAAAUGGAACUGAGUGCUCAAUGAGUGUGAACUGUGUUCUAUUAGGCUAAAUGAACUUAAUGUUAAUACCUACACCUAUUAUUUUUUCUCUCUAUGUACCUACUGUAAUACUCAUUUUGUGUAAAUGAUUCAAGUAUUUGAAAUUAGGGUGCCUUCUUUUUUUUAUGGUCGUUUUGAUAUUUCAAAAUAUUUUUUUUCAGUUGUUGAAAUUGGUAUUUUUAAUUUUAAGUUAAUUUUUAAUUUGUUUUUUGUUCUUCUGUUUUUCAACUAUUUUGUAUUUGUACCUAUUAAGUUUAAAGAUGAAUAGUAGGACAUUUGUUAAGUCGAACAAAAAUUGGACGAUAGAUCGUUAAUAUUUUCAAAAAUAUUCUGCAUUUCUGUGCAUUAGGAGGGGAGGGGGGGGGGGGGGGUUGAGGAAGAAUUUUUCGCAUUUCUCUCAACGUAAUAUUGAGGGAAAUAAUGUUAAAAAUGUUUCAAGUCAUUUUUGAAAUUGCAACGGUAUUUUUCCAAAAAUAGCAAUAAGCUAAGUAAAAGUACCACCUAUUAAAAGAUUUUUUCUUUUUCAAAAGUGGUUGAAAUUUGUUAAAAUUGAAAAAUCAAUAAUCCAUCAUUCAAUUUUUGUUUGAUAGUAACAUUUUUAGGAUAUGUUUAGUGAAUUUGUGUGUAAAUAUACUAUAAUAUAAUGCUUAUUUACUAUCAA